AUGUCUUUGUUUUGAAGAGCCGCUUUAGUCGUUUUGUGUUGCAUGUUUGUGUUGACUCCAUCUUUUACUACAGCAGCAACAGUACAAGGACUUCAUGCUAGAUGUGAAUCUCACAGCUUCAAAAACGGAAAAACCUUUAGCUCCUGCACGGAUCUUCCGGUGUUAGACUCGUUUCUACACUUCAGCUAUGCUCGAGAAACCGGAGCUCUUGAAGUUGCUUACCGUCACGCCAAUCUAGAGUCUUCUAGUUGGAUCGCUUGGGCCAUUAACCCGACGAAAAAAGGCAUGCUAGGUGCUCAAGCUAUUGUGGCUUACCGUAACUCAACUUCUGGCGUUAUGCGUGCAUAUACUUCCUCCAUUAAUAGCUACGCUCCUAGGCUUCAAGAAUCUCCUCUUAGCAUCCAAGUGACACAAGUAUCUGCUGAAUAUAUUGAUAGGGAGAUGACGAUAUAUGCAAAUUUAUUGUUGUCUCCUAACACAACCGUCGUGAAUCACUUAUGGCAAGAUGGCCCGUUGAAGGAAGGAGAUACACUUGGAAUGCACGCAAUGAGUGGAGAUCAUCUCAAAUCUAUGGCUUCUUUGGAUUUGCUUUCCGGACAAGUCACAUCCACAAAAUCAGUUAACGGAAACAUGUUGUUGGUAAAACAAAUCCAUGGAGUUGUAAAUGCAGUGAGUUGGGGAAUUCUCAUGCCAAUUGGUGUUAUGGCCGCAAGAUAUAUGAAGACAUACGAAAUAUUAGAUCCUACAUGGUUCUAUGUGCACAUAAUUUGUCAAACCACCGGUUAUUUUGCUGGUUUAAUUGGAGGAUUAGGAACAGCAAUAUACAUGGCGAAACAUACCGGGAUGAGAACUACAGCGCAUACAGUGAUUGGGUUGCUUCUUUUUGCUUUAGGGUUUUUACAGAUACUUGCACUUAAAGCAAGACCAGGCAAGGAUCAUAGGUUCCGAAAAUAUUGGAACUGGUAUCAUCACACUGUGGGUUACAUAGUGGUUAUACUAAGUGCCUACAACAUUUACAAAGGCUUGUCUAUUUUACGACCCGGAAGCGGCUGGAAGAUCGCCUACACCACAAUAAUAUGUGCCAUUGCAACAUUUGCGAUUGUAAUGGAGAUUUUGCAGUUCAAGAAGAGAUGGGGAAGCUUGUUCUGCAAGAAAGAGAAAGGUGUUAAAGCUGAUCCAACAAAUUCUAUUGAUGUGGUCUAG